UGUAUCGAUUCGUAGCUUCAGUCCCGCGACUAGCGUGGUAACAGGAAAUGACGACAUCUUCCUGGCGUCUAGAACCAUCGCGAUAGCUCGAAACAUGCUUUUCGAAUAAACGUUCGGGUGCGAGCGCGUGCGCGGCGUUGCCUGUGUGUCGUCUGUGUGCGUGCGUCCACGCACGUGUAAUCGACCGCGUUUUGGCGUUCAAGGAUUCCAGUAUUUUCUGUUUAACGUAUCAAGGAAUCAUCUAGGCGUUUCAUACGCUUUGAAAACGCAAUCUUGCAUUGUCUGAGAAUAUUUUUUUACCCAGACUUUUUUUGUCAAAGAAUUCAGAGACUUAUCAGAGAAUUUUUUAUACAUGAACAUUCAUGGAUCCCGGAAUACUUUCCAGACUGAUCCCUCAGAACAAAGAGCAUGUACGACCCGCCUGCAAAAAAUGCGGAUACGCCGGACACUUAACCUAUCAAUGUCGCAAUUUUAUCAAAAUCGAUCCCAACAAGGAGAUCGUGCUGGACGUCAGUAGCACGAGCUCGGACAGCGACGAGAAUUAUGUAACCCCGUUGACAGAAUUACGGGAACGUGAAUUGAAGAAGAAGCUGAAGGAGGCUAAGAAAAAGCGCAAGGAGAAGAAGUCCAAGAAGAAGCGUAAGAAACGCGAGAGGUCGGACAGCAGUGACAGCGAGUCCGAGUCAGAAGCGUCCAGCGAGGAAGAAAAGAGACAUAAACAUAAAAAGAAAAAGAAAAGCUCCAAACAUAAGAAACGUAAGAAGCAUAAAAAGGACAGUUCAUCCGAGAGCAAUGAGGACAGUGAUAAAAAAUAAAUUGUGAUCGUGAGUUAUGAGCCAAUCCUUCCAGUUCAUUCCAAUUUAUUCUAUCAUUGAAUAUUAAACGUUGAAUGAUUAUGACUUUUUGUCAUUAUAUAUGCAUCUCCUUCUUACAUAUACUGACUCAGCACAUGUAACACGAAUAUUUUUCCAUAUAUAAAAGACGAAGAAUACGUUUGUAA